ACAAUUUUUUUUUUAAAACGGGCGAUAUAAGCUAACACUAGUGUAUUUUAUUUUGUAAGACUUCAGUAUAAAUUAAUAAUUUUUAGAUAAGUUAAGAAAUGAUUAAAAUUCGUUUUAAUUCGUUUAACUUAAUGAAAUAUUUAUUCGUCAUACUUACAUCAGCACAAAUAUGUUUCAAUACAAAUGCUAAUCCAGAAAUUCAACCACCUGAUUAUGACACAAUAUUUGACUAUUCAUUUUUACGAGUUGUGAGUACUAUUAAUAAUGAUAUCAAAUCAUUGGUCUAUGGGAAAAAUCAAAAAUUUAUUAAUCAUUCGCAAAUAAAUCGAGAUGACAUGAAAAUGUUAUCAAUAUCUUGUAAAGACGUUUAUGAGUGUAGACAAAAAAAAAACAAGCUUAAACAAAUUAAAAAAAGAAUCAGAGUCUUUAGAGUGUUUUCACAUAUUUUUAUGUCUUCAAAUUUUAGAAGUGUUAAAAAAUAAUAUUUGGGCUAAAAAUGAAAAUCCAAAACAUAUUUUUAAAAUAUAUUAUCAAUAUGUAAGUUACUACAUAUCUAGAAUGAUUUCAUUUUUUAUUUAUGGCAAAUUUGUUGUUAAUCCUUGUCAAUAUGAUUUUGCAAUGUGUAUUAUUGAUGUAACGAGACUUCAACAACAAAAAAAAGAUACAUUGGAUGUCAGUCUGACACAUUUAAGUAAUUCUGCGUUACUAUCUUCAAUGAAUGAAUUUUGCGAUAAUUGUAAAAAAAAUAAUGAAUUUUUAAAAUCGAUUAUUUCAUUCAAAUGUAAUACUCUGGAAGGAAAAAGUAUACAAUUUUUUAUUCAAGAAAAUGUCAAAAAUUAUGUGAAGAAUAUAUUUUUAAUAACAAAUAUCCCUUGCGUAAUAGAAAUGACAAAUAUUUCUCAUGAUUUUAUUUACAAAGCAGUUAGCAAAAAGGAAGUGGCUAUGGAUAAAGAUUAUGAAAAUAAGAAAAACAAUUUUCUACAAAGUUUAAAAUUAAGUAAAUCUGAAAUUGAAACACUGGAGAGAAAUUCAAUAUAUUUCGGUAAUGAUGAUUGGUAUCGAAAAGAACGUAAGAAACGUCUAUCAGCAUCUUAUUUUCACCGUGUGUGUAAAUAUCAACAAACAUCAUGUAAAGAAGCAAUCUUGAGACUAGUGAUGCUUAUUCCGAUUGAAAAAUCUGAGGUCUCUGAAACUGAAAAUACUAUUUCUACGCAUUAUAGAAUUACUUUUAAAUAUGGUAAAGUUAGUGAGGAGAAGGCAAAAAAACAUUUUGAAAAGAGAAUGGGCAUUCAGAUUAUACAGUGUGGUGUAUUUAUUAAUGAAAACUUAAAUUUUUUAUCAGCUCGACCCGAUGGUUUAAUUGAAAAAGAUGGUAUUGUUGAAAUAAAAUGUCCUUUUAACGCUAAAGAAAUGACUCCCGAAAAUGCUAUUAAACAUAAAGUGAUAAAAUAUGUGCAUUACAACAAUAAUGGAGAUCUUUUACUAAAACGUACCAGUGAAAUUUUUUAUCAAAUACAAGGAGGACUGCAUAUUACACAGAGACAAUAUUGUUAUUUAAUUAUUUGGACACCAAAAGGUAUUAAAAGUCAUUUAAUUAUAAUAUCAACAUUACGUAGUAAAGAGUUUUUUCAAAUAUCUAAGACACACCAAAUGGACAGAUAUUGCCGGUCGUUAGUAAAAAUAAUUUCAAAAAAAAUUUGUUUCUGAGUUUUGCAUUUUGUUA